GUGACUGGUGCUUUUGCCCUUCCGAGAUGUGUGUACUCCAUUGCCGACGAUGGACUUAUAUUUUCCUUCUUUGCCACGGUCAACAAAUUCACGAAGGUACCACUCAACGCCAUCGUGGUGUUCACGCUUCUAAAUGCGACGUUGGCAAUGGUAUUUGAUCUGGAAGCUCUUGUCGAAUUUCUGUCUAUAGGCACUCUUCUGGCCUACUCAGUGGUUUCUGCGUGUGUAUUAAUUCUUAGAUAUCAACCUGCUCCUAUCAACGGUGAUCCAGAAAAUUUAGAUACAGGUAAUUUUCAUUCAAAUCGAAAAAUAGUGAAUACUAUCAUGCCUUCUUCAUUCUUUCACAACUUAUUACUCAAUUCUCUUCCCCUCCCCCCUUCUCUUUCUCCUGCCCUAACCCUGAUCAUCAUAUUUGUUUUUAGCAGCCUGUUCACUUUAAGAGGUGCAAUCAAGCCUUGGGUGCCCUUCCGAGAUUACUGGGAAAGUCUCCCUGCUGGAAGAACUAUUUCCAUCGCUGUGUGUACGCUUGUCUUCGGUUUCUUCUGGCUGGCGUUUACGAUACGAUUAAGGCUACACCUCACCAUACCCGGCUACAUCUCCAUAGCUUUCAGCGUAAUUCUAAUAAUCGUCGCAUUUACUUUUAUUUGCGGUCAUAAACAGAACGCACUAGAUCUGUCGUUCAAGGUUCCACUCGUUCCGCUCAUUCCUUCUCUUGGCCUGCUUAUCAACUGCUUCAUGAUGGCCUAUCUCGCCUAUCUCACUUGGAUACGCUUCUUCAUCUGGAUGUUCAUAGGUAAAUGAGG